AUGUAUGGCUUCGUCAAUUAUGCCAUCGAGCUCCUGGUUCUCCAGAAUUUCGGGGAAGAGGUGUGGAAGAAGAUCAAGAAGCAAGCUGACUUGGACAUGGAUGGUCAAUUCCUAGUUCGGCAAAUUUACGACGAUAGUAUCACAUAUGAUAUCGUCACAGCAGCUGAGAAAGUUCUUGAAGUACCUGCUAGCGACAUCUUGGAAAUGUUCGGCAAGAUGUUCCUCGACUUUUGCCAAGAGUCCGGCUACGAUAGGAUCCUUCGUGUACUCGGUGCCACAACCAGGGAUUUCCUUCAGAAUUUGGACGCAUUGCACGAUCACCUCGGCACAAUUUACCCCGGAAUGACAGCCCCUUCAUUUCGCUGCUCGACAAGGAAAGAAGAUGGUGCCAUUAUUUUGCACUACUAUUCCGAACGACCAGGUUUAGAGUGCAUCGUCAUCGGAAUCGUAAAGGCGGUGGCAAAAAAUCUACACGGCAUGCAAGUGCAAGUAGAAAUUUACAAAUGCCGGAAGGAACUCGGUGAUCAUGUGCAGUUCCUUAUUAAAGAAGAAGCUGAAACAUCCAAUCACGACAUUUGCGACAAGUCUGAUGACGAGGCUGAGAACCAUGAUGAUACUGAGUCGUACAUAAGUCCAAUGACAUUUUGCAACGUAUUCCCAUUUCACAUCAUGUUUGACAGAAAUAUGAAAAUUCAUCAGGCCGGAUCUUCAAUCGCAAGAAUUCUUCCUCAGAUGGGAGACGGAGAUAGGCGUGUUCCUGAACUGUUUACAAUGGUGCGUCCGCACAUGGAUUUCACAUUUGACACGAUUCUUGCUCACAUAAACACGGUUUAUAUUUUGGAAACCGUGAGUGGAGACCAUGAAUAUUACGAGGACAUGAAUGAUGAAGAUAAGAAGCCUGAAAAUGACCUGCCUGUAAUUCCCGAGCACUACAAUAAGCUUCGACUGAAAGGACAAAUGAUAUAUGUUCCCGAAACGGAUCUGAUGAUGAGAGGACUUUAUCUCAGUGAUAUUCCGAUCCACGAUGCCACCAGGGAUUUAGUUCUGCUUUCCGAACAAUUCGAAGCCGAGUACAAACUUACCCGUGAUCUCGAAGUGAUGAAUGACAAGCUUCAAAGCACAUACCGGGAACUUGAAAACGAAAAGAAGAAAACGGAUGGACAAGACAAACACAAACACAGCAGGAGAGGACUUUAUCUCAGUGAUAUUCCGAUCCACGAUGCCACCAGGGAUUUAGUUCUGCUUUCCGAACAAUUCGAAGCCGAGUACAAACUUACCCGUGAUCUCGAAGUGAUGAAUGACAAGCUGCAAAGCACAUACCGGGAACUUGAAAACGAAAAGAAGAAAACGGAUGGAUUGCUGUACUCAGUCCUGCCGCCGACAGUCGCGAACGAACUGCGCCACGGAAGACCUGUACCACCGAGAAAAUUCCCGAAGGUCACUCUUUUGUUCAGCGGCAUCGUGGGUUUCAGCGACCUUUGCGCGCUGAAUUCCGAGUCCACUGGUGCUCGUAUCGUAGUGGACAUCCUCAACAGACUGUACAGUGCCAUAGAUUCGUUGACCGAGUCUGAUAAGCACAAGAACAUUUACAAGGUGGAGACAGUAGGUGACAAAUAUAUGGCAGUCAGCGGACUACCGGAGCCAUGCGAUGAACACGCGAAAUGUAUUGCGAAGCUUUCCCUGGAUAUGGUUCGGGUUGCUGAGGGCAUCAUGACACCCACGGGGCAAUCACUGAAAUUGACAAUCGGUAUUCAUUCUGGAGAAGUGGUCACAGGAGUGAUCGGAUUACGUACACCCCGAUAUUGUUUGUUUGGAAACACUGUGAACUUGACAAGCAGGACGGAAACAACCGGAGAACCCGGGGUUAUCAAUGUUUCCGAAGAUGCCUACGGAUGCUUACAAGAGAAAAUCAACAUCGACCGGAGAUUCAAGUUCACUUACCGAGGACCAGUGAACAUGAAAGGAAAAUCAACACCAAUGAAAGUUUGGAUUUUGUCGGAGGAAGAAGGUUAA